GGUCGCAACACCUUCAAGUGUACGGUCUACUUGGAGUCUACCUUCGGGAGUUUUUUUUCUAUAUAGUUUGUGGCAACUAGAGUGCAGAGAAUGAGUCGACUUUUAAUCAGCUUUGCGCUGCUGACUUUUGUGGCAUUUUGCGGCUUUGCCGCUGUGAAUGCACGCACUGGUUACGGACCCGGGGAACAGGAUUGGGGCUUUGUGGAUGUGCGGAAGGGUGCUCAUAUGUUCUACUGGCUCUACUAUACAACUGCCAAUGUGUCCAGCUAUGUGGAUCGUCCGUUGGCCAUUUGGUUGCAGGGUGGACCGGGUGCCUCCUCCACAGGAUAUGGUAAUUUCGAGGAGUUGGGUCCUUUGACACUGGAAGGCAAAUACCGCGAAUGGACUUGGGUGAAGGACAUGAAUGUUAUAUUCAUUGACAAUCCCGUGGGCUCGGGCUUCAGCUAUGUGGAUAGCUCGUCCGAAUACACAACGACCAAUAAGCAAAUCGCCUUGGAUCUCGUUGAGUUCAUGAAGGGAUUCUAUGCAAAUCAUCCCGAAUUCAAAACAGUUCCUCUGCACAUAUUCUGUGAGAGUUAUGGCGGUAAAAUGGCGCCCGAGUUUGCCCUGGAACUGUACUAUGCCAUCGAACGCAAUGAGAUUAAGAGUAAUUUCGCAUCGGUGGGUUUGGGUGAUCCGUGGACCUCACCCAUAGACUCAGUGAUGGCCUGGGCACCAUACCUGCUGCAACUGGGCAUUGUGGAUCAGAGUGGACACGAUAAGAUCGAGGCAUCGGCACUGAAGACCAAGAAAUAUGUCGAUCAAGGCAAAUGGACACAGGCCACAUUGCAAUGGAGCUCCACACAAUCGGUGGUGCUGCGCGAAUCGAAGGGUGUCGAUUUCUACAAUGUGGAGACACCCACACGAGGUGAUCAGUACCUGAGGCGAUUGCUCCAAAUGAGCCCGGAGGAGAGCAUGUAUCGCACCCUGGUCCAGUUUGACAUCGAUGAGAAUCGUGACAAAAUGCUGGAGGAGCUGAUGCGGGGACCAGUUACAAAGGCUCUCAAUAUUACGACGGGCGUCAAGUGGGGCGCCCAAAGUAGCGCCACCUUCAACAAGCUGAUGGGUGACUUUAUGAAGCCAGCUGUUCACAUUGUUGAGGAGUUGUUGAACAAAACCACGGUUGAAGUGGGCGUCUUUUCGGGUGGUUUGGAUUUGAUUUGUGCCACACCCGGUGCCGUUAAUUGGAUUGCCGAUAUGCAGUGGGUCGAUAAGAAAAGCUAUUUGGAUACUCCUCGCAGGGGUAUCAAUGUGGAUGGCGUAUUGGAGGGUUACCAAAAGACAGCCGGCAAUUUCAGCAUGUUUUGGGUGAAUCGAGCUGGUCACAUGGUUCCCGCCGAUAAUCCCGCUGCCAUGUCGCAUAUCCUGCGACAGUAUACCAAUUUCGGUUAGAGAAAUUAAUGAAAAGUGUUUUUCAAAAUGAAUAAAAAUAAAUGCGUCAUUUUA